AUUGUUAUCGUUAUGCUUUAUCAAAUAUAGAUAACGAUAAGUGAUAGAUAAUACUGUGAUAUUAUUAUGUUAGUGUUUAAUCAUUUUAAAUCCGCAUGACGACAUUUUAUUUGAAUCAGUUUUAAAAUUAUUGUUGUUAUUUACUAAUUGUUACCGUUGUUGUUAAUUAUCAAAAUGGAUAUUUCUCCUGAAACGUUGACGGAAAUGAUAGAAGGUCUAUCAUUAUAUUUGAAUAGAAGAGAGUGCCAGUUGGGGGAAUUGUGUGGCAGUAUCGAUCCUCAGCAUUUUGAAGAGUACAGACAUAGUCAUCUGGACGCUAUAAUAAGAGAUUAUCAAGACACAAAUGAAAUAAACAUUCCAAUAUACCUUCGAGCACGCUAUGAUAUAAUAUUGGCGCAGAUAACUUUGCUAAGAGAUAUAACUCAGAGAGACAGAAAUGCUUCUGAAUUAAAUAAAAGAAGUCCUUUGGAAAAAUUGGAAGCUGCUUGGCCUUAUAACUUCUUUUUAUCUUGCACGAUUUCCAAUAAACUUGCUAAAAAUGAGAGUUUGAGCAUCAGCCUCCUUGAGUUAUUGGACAAAAGCUUGGGCACAAUUGAAAAAUCUGCCCAAAUCAAUUUCUGUGUUGACUUGCCUUGGUUAUUAGACCAUUAUAAAGCAGCCCAAGCAUAUGGAACGCCUCUGCUGCUUAUUUAUGGUGCUGAAGAUAUAGGAAUUGAAACCACAAAACUCCACAAAUUUUCUUUUUUGACUGCCUGUUAUGUUAAACCAGAAGGCAUUGGUCUUAACCAUUCAAAAAUAUCUCUAUUUGCUUACGAUGAUGGUUCUAUGAGAGUUGUUAUUUCAACUGCAAAUUUGAUUGCAAUUGAUUGGGAUGAUAACACCCAAGGUCUGUGGAUAAGUCCUAAACUACCACGAUUGAAAAAUAAAGAAAACAAAAAUUCAGGAGAAAGUCCUACUGGUUUUAGACAAGACUUGAUUGAUUAUCUAAGUUGCUAUAAAGUUUCAGAACUUAAUUAUUGGAUAAAUCGGCUUCAAAACUCAGACUGCAGUAGUGUGAACGUAUGUCUUGUAUAUUCAAUACCUGGAGUACGUACUGCAAACGAUACACGUUAUGGUCAUUUAAGACUUGGAAAAUUAUUAUCGAAACAUGUUGAAAAUGCAAAGUCGACGGAUACAAUAGUUGCGCAAAGUCCCAGUGUUGGAAAAUUUGGACCCACACCAAACGAUUGGGCUGGUGGUGAAUUUCUCACUAGUGCUUCAGCAUGUAGACAAGCUGAUGGUGAAAAAGUACAUCAGGAUAGAAAUAGGCCUGAUAAGCCUGAUUUUAGGUUCGUUUUUGCGACUGAAGAAAACGUAAAGAACGGCUAUGGUGGUUUCGAAUUUGCUUGUCGCUUUACUAUGUGCAAGUACGAGAUGUAUAUUGAGCAGAAGUGGAUACAAAAUAUAUUGUGUCAGUGGGUCUCCGACAAACGGCACCGAUCGCGUUGCAUGCCCCACAUCAAGACCUAUUGCAGAGUCGCCGGUUCGGCUUUGGCUGAAAAACCAGAAGGUUUGCGCUGGUUUCUGCUGACAUCAGCCAAUAUGUCUAAAAACGCCUGGGGAUCGAUGCCCUAUUACAGAAAGAACACUUUUCAAAUCGGCUCUUACGAAAUAGGGGUGCUGUUCUUACCUAAAUUCGUGCUCGGUACAGAUCUGUUACCUCUAACAGAUUCUAAAGAAGGGCCAGCAUUUCCUAUGCCUUACGAUUUGCCUUUGGUUCCUUAUGGUGAUUCGGACCAGAUGUUCUUUACUGAUAUUGAACGUCCACUUGCACAACAAUUUCAAGAAAAUGACAGAAUCGAAAAUGGACAUUGAGAAAAAAAAUGUAUGU